CUUCGGAGAACACACAUCACUAGGACUAAGAACAACAACGAAAAACCACCGUAAACUGUUAUUUAUUUUGUUGGCCAAAUCGGAUGCGGCUUUGGACAGGUAAACCUACGUGGUCCUCAGAGUAAACCCCGGGCAGCACGAUGGAUACACCCUGAAACGUAGGCAAACUGCCAGCUAGCGGACUGCAAAGAGUAUGUACACACAGCGAUGGGGCGUUGGAAUUAUAAACAAAUAAGAACCCAAUUUUAUUGCUGGCCGCAGAAUGUAGAGGAAGUCGAGGUGUGUCCAAAUCGUGGGUGAUGAGUGGUUCCCGCGGAUCGAAGCCCUUGCGAUUCCCGAUGACUGUGAGGCCGACGCAGCGUGUCCAAGGAGGAUGCCGUCUCCCUGCUUACGGACAGCGGAAUCUCGCUGUCCUCGCCGCCGGCGGCGAGGGAAUCUUCCCAGGCCCCCCGCAUUCGAUAAAGAGGCGAAAGAGCAGCUUGGCUAGUCUGCGAGAUGCCUGUGCGGAGGAGGAAGAUGAAGACGGCGGCGAGCAGGACUCGAAGGAUGCCGAUUACGUGCAGCCUCCGCCGAAAAAGUCUGCUCGGAAGGCGGAGCCAGUGAAAAGGAAGCACCAUGUCUGCAGUCACUGCUCCAAAGAGUUCGGUGGCAAGACCGACUUGCAGCGACACAUGCUCAUUCACUCGGAUGAAAGGCCGCACAAGUGCAAGGAUUGUGGAAAGAGUUACCGCCAGGCGGUCAACCUCAAGAACCACAUCACCACCGCCCACGAGCACCGGAAGCAGUUUGCCUGCUCGCAGUGUCCCAAGUCCUUCGCCCUUAAGGAGCGCCUGCGUCUCCACAUGCGCCUACACUCUGGCGAGAAGCCGUAUCCAUGCGCCCUCUGCGACAAGAAAUUCGCCCGGGGAGGUCAGCUUCAGCAGCACAUGGUUUCUCACCACAAGACGAGUAUCCAGCAGUUCAACUGCACCAAGUGCUCGGCCAGUUUUUCAACUAACGCGAACCUGCGGGUGCACAUGGAGCGCCACGAACAGGGCAUGGAACACCGGUGCGGCAUUUGUGAGAGCCAAUUCGCCAACGAGCUGGCCCUGCGGGCGCAUAUUAACCAGGAGCACCACAAGCUGACGCAAUUCGAAUGCGAGAUCUGCCACAAGAUGAUUGAGCCGGACGAGGAUCUGGCCACUCACAUGCAGAAGCACGCCGCGGUUAAGACGCACGUGUGCGAGGUGUGCAACACGUAUUUCACCCAGAAGAGCCAGUACAGUCACAUGCGGAUGCAUACGGGCGAACGGCCCUACCAGUGUAGGAUUUGCCACCAGACCUUUGCCCACUCAAGCGUUCUAAAGCUGCACAUCCGGAAGCACACGGGCGAAAAACCCUUUCGUUGCCAGUUAUGCGAGGACGACGUGGCCUUCUCUCAGCUGGCGCACCUAAAAAACCACAUGAAGAAGAUACACAAACAGCAGAAGCCCUACAUGUGCGAGGGGUGCCACGAGUUUUUCAAGAUUAAGGUGGAGCUGCAGGCCCAUGCGGAGCAGUGCGCCAAAUGUCCUGCGGGUGGAGACGAGUCCGCUGGCAGUCAGUCUGAGGACGCACAAGUCCUCUCCACCAUAAGAUUCAACAUGGCAGUGGUACUGAAGAAGAUUAGCUCCGCGCAGAAGCUGCGCCAGUUGGGUUAUGAGAAACGCCUGAUCGAUAAUGUGGUCAUUGCCUCCCUAAAGCUGGCCCAACGACCCUCGCACGACGACGUCACGUUGACGCCUUUGGUCAGGCUUCGGAUGAAUGUGGAGGAGUUCCUCAAAUGGAUUGUGCCAGCACCUACAAUGAAGAAAUUCAGCGAAGAAUUGCUGUCGAUCGACACAAUUCUUGACAAGAUUGCCACCAUGUAUAUGAAGCAGAAGUAGAAAUCAGGAGUUGCUAGCCAACGUAAAAUGCAAGUGUGCCAUAGAAGGAGGAUUUCUAGAACUAGUUCUUGCCAUUUAGUUUAGUGUUUAGUAACCCAAAGUUGCAGAACGAAACCCAACCAAAUAAUUUAUCCCAAAGAUAUAUACUUUGUUGUACUGAUCAUUUUGAUGACUUAAUUUACUUUAUCCCAUAUUUGCUGAUACCAAAAAGAAUGUAAUUUACAAAAUGAAUGACUUAGUUUGUCCUUAGUAGUUUUCCUGUGAAGGAAGUAUAUUGUUAAGAACGAAAUUUGAUGCAAUAAUUUAUAUAAUAGUAAGUUUAAUACGAUUGAAUUAAACCCCACAAAUAUUUUAUUUAUAUUUAGUCUUGCCAGAGCAUCAGAUUAUUUAUAUCUAAUAGCUCAAGUACAAUUGAACUCACUGUGGCCAUGCAUUUAGUUGCCGUUUGUCUUUCCUAACCUUUCCUUCCUUUACCUAUAUCGAAAGUGUACAAGCUAAUGUGUAAAAGUUGCAAAUCUAAAGUGUACAACGGAAUUAAUGAAAUGCAAAUCAAAAUAUAAAGAGUAUUGUUUGUGA